CUCUUUUUUAUUUUUUCUUCAAACUUCUCCCCACUCUCUAGAAUUAGCAUGGCUUCGUUGUCGCGCUCCGUUGCGUCUGCCAUCGUCAACCGUUCGUAUGUGAACGUACCUGCAUCGGCUCCCGCCUUGCAAAAGAUUUUCCAUGCGUCGUCCCAUUCUUCCGAGGAAGAACAUCACGAAUCACCUUACAAACCAUUGUUUGGUUCUUCCAUUAAAGCUCGUUCCUCUGGUGGUUUGAUCAGCCGAUCCUCUGUCAAUGUGGCUCCCGUCAACGAUUUCCAGUUGCGUCGUAACCACACCACCACCGUUCCCGACUUUUCGAAAUACAAGAAGACCCAAACCGGUGGCGACAGCAGCCGUGCGUUUGCAUACAUGAUGGUCGGUACCACCAGUUUAAUCAGUGCCGCCGGUGCUCAAGCCACCGUCAGCGAUUUCUUGGCCAACAUGUCCGCUUCCGCUGAUGUGUUGGCUUUGGCCAAGGCCGAAGUCGAUUUAGCUUCUAUUCCCGAAGGCAAGAACGUUACCAUCAAGUGGAGAGGCAAGCCCGUUUUCAUUCGUCACCGUACUCAAGACGAAAUUGCCGAAGCCAAUCAAGUUAAUGUUCAAGAACUCCGUGAUCCCCAACAAGAUGCCGAACGCGUCAAGAAACCCGAAUGGCUCGUCAUGUUGGGUGUUUGCACUCACUUGGGUUGUGUCCCGAUCGGUGAAGCCGGUGAUUAUGGCGGUUGGUACUGCCCAUGCCACGGUUCUCACUACGAUAUCUCGGGCCGUAUUCGCAAGGGUCCCGCUCCCCUCAACUUGGAAAUUCCUGAAUAUAACUUUUCCGAAGAUAAGCUCAUUAUCGGUUAGAGAAACACCAUCCUUAAUUAAAUAAAUGCACAUUGUUAGUUUUGUUAGAUUUCUUUACGGUGGAGUAUCGAACAAGUGUGAGACUUCAAAAUAGG